CCAAAACACACAAUUUUCAACACAAAGAUUUCAUUACAACUUUAUCAAUACAUCAAUGGCAUCAUCAAUUCUCCUUCAUUCCCCAUUCCUUCCAUCUCAACCACACCUCUCCAACCGAAAAACCCGACAUCCUAAAUCUCAAACAAAAUUCACAGUUCUUGCAACAAAAAAUGACGCCAGUGGUCAUUUGGUGGAUCAAAACAUGAUCAUCCUGAGAAAGAGAAUUCACGAGACAAAGAUGGUGGAGAACAACAAUGAGCUACCUUCUAACUGGAUGGAGUGGGAGAAAAGGUAUUACAAAAACUACGAUGCGUAUGUUUAUGAAGUGGUGGGAGUAAUACAAUCGGGAUUAAUGAAUACUAGACCUAGUUUGGCUAUUGCCUUGAUGGCUCUAAUCACAUUAAGUUUUCCGGUGUCAACUUUUGUGCUUGUUUCUAAUGCUAUGGAGAUUACUAAGGAGGUCUUGAGUGGAAUAUUGCAUUAAACAAAUUUUAAGGAGUAAUGCAUGAAAUGUUCUAGAUAUACUAUUAUAUCAGUGUGGGAUAGGUUUUUAUUUGUUAUAAAAACAAAAUUGUUGAUA